AUGGUGUGGUGUGCGGAUCAUGCUACAUGUGCCCGAGAAAUAUGUGAUUGCAUCUAUGAGUCCCUUACCAUUGACGAAACUCCACUGCACAAAAAGAUAGCAAGGCUUUAUCUGAUCUCGGACCUAUUGGCGAACGCGGCUUCACGUGGAGUUAGAGACGUCUUUUAUUUCCGGCAGUAUUUCGGCGAACUUCUGACCAAAAUUUUCACUGCUUUGGGUCGUACAUUGCGGAAUGUGACUGCUCGACUUAAAGCAGAGCAGUUUAAGCAACGGGUCAUGUCAUGCUUCCGAGCCUGGGAGGAAUCAGUGCUUUAUCCAACCGAGGUUUUAGUAAAUAGCCAGAAUAUCUUCCUCGGCCUUAUGGAUGGAAAAGACACGGAUGAAGAAGAAGAAGAUCUUGAUGGUGCUCCAUGUGACAUCGAUGGCGUUCCGAUUGAGGAGACUGAAAAAAACAUGCCAAUAUACGAUGAUGAUAACGAUUCGGGUCAUGCUGGAUCAAGUGUGGAGGCCCCACGUAAACCAACAGGGAUGUUCAAAGCGGACAACUGGAGCACGGUUGGUACGAUUGAACCCGUAAAAAGCAAGUGGGAAGAUGACGACGAGCCAGUGGCAAAGGAGCGAAGUUCCAGUCCAGCUAGAAAAUGGAGUGGUGAUGCUGCUGAAAGUAAUUCUGGUAAUCAAGCCAGUGCUCGUACAAAGGAAAGCGAGGACAGUGACACGGACGGGGAAAUAGAAGAAAAGGAGGAUAUUCUUGCCAGCGCUGCUGUUGAAGAGGAACGUCGCAAAUUGAUGAGAGAAGUGGAGGUAUUUGGAAGAAUUUCUUUUGCAUUUGAAAUUUUUACCUUGUAUUUGCAAAACUUCGGUGAAAACAUUUCGAACUGCUCUGUUAAGGUCAAAGUCAUGGCGCUACAAGAUGAGUUGGAGAGCAAACGAGAUCCGGACAUUGCAGCUAAGGUGAAAGCUCUGCGUGAGAAGGAAAUGAACGACCUAGAAGACAAUCUUGCUUCGAUUGUAAGAAAACGGUCGAAGAAGGACAAGAAGAAACCGAAAAAAGACGUGCGGAAGGAAAGCAAGGAUGAAUAUGGUCUUUCAAAGUCGAGUCGGGAUCCGGAUCGCACAGGAGAUCGACGUCGUGACACAGAGUCACGAAAACGAGACCGAUCCCGCGAUCGGGACCGAUCUCGGGAUCGGUCUCGUGAGCGAGAUCGUGAUCGGGACCGCGAGCGACGGAGAAGUAGAAGUCGUGAACGAAAACGUGAUUCGAGUCGGGAUCGCUCUCGACGCGAUCGUCGGUGA